ACACCGACCCUUGCAAGGCCUCUCCAGUGCUCCCCUGUGGCAUGGGUGCAUGCACCAAGGCACGUGCCCCGUGGGACCCGUCUAUCCUCGUGCCCUCCUGCAAGUGCCCUUUCAAUCUCCCUGCCUUCCAACCCUCCCACCUUGCCGGCCUGCCCUCCUGCUUCCCUGAUUCCUUCACGUGUCGCCUGUUCCUCCGCAACCCAUGUGCCCCGGGGGUGUGCAUCGAUAACAUAGACGGAACCUACUCCUGCCUCUGCCCCUCGCCCUACUUCCCCUUCUAUUUCUACCCCGAAGGCGCUGCCCGCUGUUAUCAAUUGCGAUUGACUGAGACUCGAAUGCCCACCUUCCUGUCGCCCUACGGCCUCACAUGCGCUCUCAUCCUCAACACCUACGGGCUCACCCAAGCGGACUUCUUCAGCCAGAACAAGGGGUUUCAAUGCCGAGCGCCCAUCCCUGUGAACACUCUCGUUAACGUCACCAGCCGGGCUUUCUCCCAAUGCACUUCCAUGUACACUGCUAAUUAUGGUGACACGUGUGACUCCCUCAGCGCCCUCUUCUCCACGCAGAUACAGCCGCUCAACCCCGCCCUCUCCUGCUCCGAUGGGCCCAGGCCCGGCCAGGUGAGCAUCGGUGCAGAUGGGUGCAGAUGCGUGCAGGUGAACGUGGGUGAAGAUGAAUCAGGGCCUCUCGUGCGACUCGCUGCUGCCUUACAGCCCCCUGCAGGGCAGUAUGAUGAGAAGGAUUUGUGUCGCUAG